GAGGAGAGAAAGAGAGAGAGGAACAGUUAAGUGGAGCUCCGGGAUCUCUGCCAGAUAACACGAACUUCCUUUAAUUUUUGGAGACAUGGAUGUCAUUAUAAAUGCGGCACGGCACACCUCGUACUCAUGAAUGUGAAGUACGCUGGUCACUUCGCCAUAACUUCGUGAAUAUCGUUACAUAACGUGUCAGCAGAGAUGAGAGAGAUCCUAGGAAUGGCGCUGGCGCUCGUUGUUCUGAGAGUUAACGGGGAAAACAUCGAUGAAGGUUUUUGUGUGGAGGGAAAAUGCUUUUCCGUCCAAACAGACAGUGCGACUUUUGAUGUGGCGCAGAAAGUCUGUCGGGAAAAAAGAGGGCAUCUGAUGACCGUACGCACCCAAAAAUCGGCUGAUGUUCUUACUAAGUUGCUGAAGGGAACUUCUGGAGACUUUUGGCUUGGGCUGAGAUAUCAGUGCUCAAACGACGGGUUAAAGGGAUACAAAUGGGUCACUGGAGAUGAUACGAGCCUCUACGUAAACUGGGAAAGCGACCGAGCGAUUUGUUCUCCACAAUGUGCAUCGGUAUCACAAAAAGUUCAGAAGUUGGCCGAAAGACCUUGCGAUGAUAGAAUCGAGGGAUAUUUGUGUGAAUAUGACAAUGCCGAUUACUGUCAGCCGCUGAGCAACGAAGCAGACGUAUUAUAUGAAAUUCCUUUGGGAUUUAAGGCAAACGAACUCCAAGAAAUUCCCAAAGGCACCAAUGCGACAUUGCCGCCGCUGAGAACGAGACACAUUUGUUUCGACGGCGUUUGGAUUCAGGCGCCUUGGAGUUGUGAGGUUUUUGGUGGUGGAUGUGAUUAUAAGUGUGGUUCGAACGGGAAAAACUUCGAAUGCAGCUGUCAGCCGGGAUUUAAACUCGACAGCAACCGAGUCACAUGCAGCAAGGAGGAACCUGAGCUGGCAUUUAAAGUUGUAAAGCCUUUCGAAGACUGCAAGCCCGGCUAUAGCAAUGAAAAUGGGGUUUGUGUUGAUGAGGACGAAUGCGUGUCUGCACCAUGCGAGCACGAAUGUAAUAACAUUGAAGGUGGUUAUGAAUGUGAAUGCUAUGAGGGAUUCAUAAAGUCGACGGAGGACAUGAGCAAAUGUAAGAUGCAGUGUACGGAAUUCCAGUGCCCAGCUGAAUGUGACCCCAACAACGACGAUCAGUGCAACUGCCCCGAUGGUUUCUUACUUGAAGAAAAAGAAAGAGAAAAAAUAUGCGUUGACCAUGAUGAAUGCGAUAGUGGUUACUGUGACCAGGAAUGUGUAAAUACACCUGGAGAUUAUGUAUGUUCCUGCAGAGAAGGAUUCAAGCUUUUGAACAAGAGUAAUUGUGUGAGAGAAGACUUUGAGGGCUCAGGAAGCUCAACACCUUUUGACAUUUUUACACCUACAAGCAGACCCCCAACCAAGAAGCCAAUAUCAAUCUCAACGGCCAGUCUUUUAGCAAUAAUGGUUGCCAUUGUUGUUUGUAUUCUUGUAUUGGUCUGCCUCGCUCACUGCAUAUUGAGACGUUAUUGUCAAAUGCACAAUUACGAUGUGCACAAAAGCCACGAAAAUAUCUACGACUUUCAACAGGUGAUCAUUGAAAAAAAUUGCACUGAACAGUCAUUCCCAAAUCGGUAUUUAAAAAGAGACACUUAAAGACAGACAUCACGCAAACUGAAAUGUAAAUAGUAGUACAUUUAUUUGACUUUAGAUGUAAACAAAUAUACAGUGUCAGAAACUUUGCACAAGUUUGAAUAAGUCAACAAUGUCAGUAUUCCUGAAUGGUGGUGUUUGAAGACAAUAAAUAUUAUAUUUUAAUGUAA